AUGGCACCAUCUGCUACUAUCACCGAAACUGAGGCCCCGUCCCUGCCGCACACUCUUAAGGCGCGGCUUCUGGGUGCGUACAAGGAGCUUGCUCCCGUCAAGUACAACAAAGACGUCGAGGAAGGCAAGACGGCGGCUAAGGCGGCCAAGUACCCUAACUACCUGCCGACAUGGAACCCAAACCAGAAGUAUGGGCCUCUGCAGCCUUUUGAGCACUACGAGCACGGCAAGGAUGCCGAUACCUCGUACCCAGAGCUUCUCCCAGAGGGCGCUUCCGUCAACGAUCUCACGCCGACUAUCGGCACGGAGAUCCGAGGUGUUCAGCUAAGCUCUCUUAGCAACGCCGGUAAGGACCAGCUCGCUCGAUACGUAGCAGAGAGGAAGGUAGUCGCAUUCCGAGACCAAGACUUCGCCGACCUUCCCAUCGACAAAGCCUUAGAAUUUGGUGGUUAUUUCGGCCGUCAUCACAUCCACCCAACCAGCGGCAGCCCAGAAGGCCACCCAGAAAUCCACCUUGUCCAUCGUGGCGAGGGAGAUAAGACCCAUGAGACAUUCUUCGAGAACAGAACGAGCUCGGUAGCCUGGCACUCCGACGUCUCAUACGAACAGCAGCCACCAGGAACCACGUUCCUUUACAUCUUAGACAAGCCCGAGACUGGCGGUGACACAUUAUUCGUAGACGCCGUCGAGGCGUACAACCGCCUGAGCCCCCUCUUCCAGGAGCGCUUACACGGCCUAAAUGCCACGCACUCCGGCAUCGAGCAAGCCAACGCCUCUGUCGCGAAAGACAGCAUCAAGAGACGAGAGCCCGUCGUGAGCGUCCACCCAAUCGUCCGCACGCACCCCGCCACCGGCCAGAAAUCACUGUACAUAAACCCUCAAUUCACCCGCGACAUCAUCGGUCUCAAGAAGGAAGAAUCCGACGCGAUCCUGAAAUUCCUAUACGACCACCUCGCGUACGGCGCCGAUUUCCAAGCGCGCGUGAAGUGGGAGGAGGGCACCGUAGUAGUGUGGGACAACCGCGUGACCCAGCACUCGGCGCUGCUGGACUGGAAGAGCGGACAGCGCCGACACCUGGCGCGCAUAACCCCGCAGGCCGAGCGUCCGUAUCAGACUCCCUACAAGCCCUCGUCUUGA